UGUGUGUGUGUGUGUUAACAGCUAAUGUUCUCAAACACAGUCCAGAGUUCACACACACACACACACACACUUCUGCAGAAGGUCUGAGUCUGCGCUCAGUUUCUUCUGGCCGUCAUCAUGGACUUCAAGAGCAAGCAGAAGAAGAAAGUUCUUGUGAUCUCGGUGCUGCUGGCCGUGUGUGUGGUGGUGAUCAUUCUGGGUUUGGGUUUGGGUCUCGGUCUCCAGCUGCAGGACUGCAGGAAUAAAGACGUGUCGGCGUCCUGCAGGAAUCGUUGCUAUGAGCCGUUGGAUGUGGAUUCAGCGUCGUGUCGCUGUGACAGUCAGUGUGUGGAGACUCACAGCUGCUGCUUUGACUACAAGGACAUCUGUCUGCUGCCCACUCAGAGCUGGGAGUGCACGGCGCUGCGCUGUGGAGAGAGACGGCUGUCCGGCAGCAGGUGUCACUGUUCUGAGGACUGUAUGAGCGCCGGAGACUGCUGCUCCAACUACAACAGCGUCUGUGAGGGAGACACAGAGUGGGUUCAGGAUGAGUGUGUGGACAUGAGCACUGCCAAAUGCCCUGCCAGGCAUAAUGUUGCAGCCACCGGUUUGAGAGCUGAAUAUCUGCAGUCAUGGCACACAGUGGUACCAGUGCUGGACAAGAUCAGACGCUGCGGUACAUCAGCACCCUUCAUGCAGGCCGUGUUCCCCAGUAAGACGUUCCCUAACCACUACUCCAUCGCCACAGGUCUGUACGCUGAGUCACACGGGCUGGUGGAUAAUAACAUGUACGACCCAGUGUUCGACGCCUCCUUCAGUCUGUCCAACAGUGAGAAAAACAAUCCCAGAUGGUACCAGGGACAACCGAUCUGGAACACAGCCAUGUAUCAGGGGCUGAAGGCCGGAACCUUCUUCUGGCCGGGAUCUGAUGUGGCCAUAAACGGGAGUUUCCCAGAUAUCUACAUGAAUUACGAUGGGAAAGUCCCAUAUGAGGAGAGGAUCUUCAGUGUUCUGCGCUGGCUGCAGUUACCAGAGGAUAGACGGCCGGAUUUCUUCACUGGAGGAAAGGACACAGUUAUGGAUCCCCUCAGUGGGAGGGGGAGCAAACUGACCACACACAGUUCAGGACACAAACACUCACUCACACCGUCAGUGGGAGGGUGUGUGUGUGUGUGUGUGUGUGUGUGUGUGUGUGUGUGUGUGUGUGUGUGUGUGCAGCUGAUCUUGGCUCUGCAGGGAGUGGACAGAAUCAUCGGUCAGCUGAUGAACGGCCUCAAACAACUCAACCUUCAUCAGUGUGUCAACAUCAUCAUCGUCGCCGAUCACGGUAUGGAGGAGACCAGCUGUGAGCGUAAAGAGGCUCUUCAGAAUUUUAUAGGUGACGUCAAUCAUCUGUACGUCAGUGAGGGGCCGUUUGGACGAAUCAGAGCGAAAAACACAACACAUACCUUGGACGCAGCUGGACUCGUGGCAAACAUGUCGUGUAAGUGGCCGGAGCAGCAGAUCAAGCCCUACCUGAAACAUCACCUGCCCAAACGUUUCCAUUACGCCAGCAACAGACGCAUCGAAGACGUCAGUGUCCUGGUGAACCCGCGCUGGCUUUUUGAGAGAUAUCCUGGGUCUCUCACGUUCUGCUCAGGAGGAAAUCAUGGAUAUGAUAAUGACAUCUACAGCAUGCAGGCCUUGUUUCUCAGUUUAGGACCAAAAUUUCACUUUCAGACAGAAGUGGAGCCGUUUUCCAACAUUGAGCUGUACAACCUCAUGUGUGACGUGCUGGAAAUUAAUCCAUACCACAAUAACGGGACUCACGGGAGUCUGAACCACCUGCUGCGGAUGCCGUUUUACAGCCCCAGUCACCCGACAGAGCAGAGCAGCCCGGAGCAGUGCCCGAUCACCAGCCUGAAGCCCACACACACACUGGGCUGCAGCUGCACUGCACUGGUACGCACACACACACACACACACACACACACACAUACUUGCAUUUGUGUGAGUGUGAUAAUGUACAUGUUGUUCGGCCGUCCGCGGGUUCUGCAGUCCGAUGCUAAAUACUGUGUCCUGCAUCAACAUGGAUUCAUUACAGCCUACAGCACACGCACCCACAUGCCUGUCUGGAGCUCCUUCACUCUCAACAAAACCGCUGAAAGUUCUCCGGUCUUCUCAGAUUGUCUCCGGGCAGACAUCAGGAUCCCAGCCAAUCAGAGCGCGACAUGUGACCAGUUCAACAAUGCUGGCAACAUCACACACGCCUUCCUGUUCCCACCCAAUCUGAACCACACGUCUGAAGAUCAGUUUGACGCUCUGACACUUGGAAACGUGGUGCCCGUCUUCCCACAGUUCAAGAGACUCUGGCAGUAUUUUCAGGAGGUUCUGCUGAUCAAAUACGCAUCUCAGUAUAACGGUAUUAACGUGGUUACCGGACCAGUGUAUGACUACAACUUUGAUGGACACUUUGACUCUCCAGAGCAGAUCCAGGAGUUCGUUGCAGGUUCAUCUAUUCCUGUUCCCACUCAUUAUUUUGUGGUCCUGACGAGCUGUAAGAAUGACACACAGACGGUGAGCGAGUGUUCUGCUGAACUUCAGACGGUUUCCUUCCUGCUUCCGCACAGGAGUGACAACAAGGAGAGCUGCGCUGACGAUCAGCCGGAGUCUCAGUGGGCGGAGCCUCUCCUGUGGAUGCACCAAUCACGCGUCAGAGAUGUGGAGUGGAUCAGCGGACUGGACUUCUUUCAGGACAGCAAGCGUCCAAUCGCUGAGCUCCUGCGUCUGAAGACCCGCCCCACCGCCGCCAUUCAUCCAAAAGCUUGAGUUUGUGUUAAUAUAUUUAUUUAAUCCUCUUAACGCAUUCAGGUCCGUUUUGACCUAGAAGAGAUGCAUAGGAAUUCCUAAAAAAAAAUGUAGUUCUUUGCAGUUGCAUUAAGACCCUCAAAAUACACAUCUUUGUUUUUUUUCCAGAUUUUUUAACAAUUAUUUUUUCAGAGAUGACGUGUUUUGUGUUAUAUUAGCAUCAACAAACUUAAAUUUAGUCUUUCCCCCAUAUCUCACACACCUUUGGACUGAAUUUUGUUGAUGAACAUGAAUAUGUCUAUUGAUGAAACUGAUCACUUUUUCAUCUGAAAGUGAAAGUUUAUGCACCUAAAAUUCUGUGUUUGAGAGGCCGGACUCCUGCUGCUGCUUCUAGUCGGUUUAUUAGUGCGUUGUGUCUUGAACCAGAUCUUCUGAUAUGUAGAUUUGUACCCUAAAGUGAAAUAAACCCCCUAAAACCUC